AGAAGCCUGGAGGCGUGCGUCUGCGCAGUGCGCGUCUGAGGGCCCGAGCUCGGAUGACGUGCGUACGUGCUCGUGUUCGUCCGCGUUUAGUCCGCUUGUGGUUUGGUCGUCCCCGGCGGGGAACUGCUGCGAAAGGGGUUGAGGUUCGGUCUUUUAAAAAUACAACAUAAGAAUGGCUUCGAAAAGAGCUCUGGUCAUCCUGGCCAAAGGAGCAGAGGAGAUGGAGACAGUCAUCCCCGUAGAUGUCAUGAGGCGAGCUGGAAUUAAAGUCACCAUCGCGGGUCUGGCUGGGAAAGACCCAGUACAGUGUAGCCGAGACGUCGUCAUUUGUCCUGAUGCCAGCCUGGAAGAUGCAAAGAAAGAGGGACCUUAUGACGUAGUGGUUCUGCCGGGAGGCAAUCUGGGUGCGCAGAAUUUAUCUGAGUCUCCUGCUGUGAAGGAGAUACUGAAGGAGCAAGAAAAAAGGAAAGGCCUCAUCGCCGCCAUCUGUGCAGGUCCUACGGCUCUUUUGGCUCAUGAAAUAGGUUUUGGAAGCAAAGUUACAACACACCCACUUGCUAAAGACAAAAUGAUGAAUGGAAGUCAUUACAGCUACUCUGAGAACCGCGUGGAGAGGGACGGCCUGAUCCUCACGAGCCGCGGGCCUGGAACCAGCUUCGAGUUCGCACUCGCCAUCGUCGAGGCGCUGAACGGCAAGGACGUGGCUGACCAAGUGAAGGCCCUGCUCGUUCUUAAAGAUUAAAGCAGAAAUCUUUGAUCACGAAGUAGGGAAACGGGCCAUUGGUAAUCGUUGUCAGCGUGUUCACUCGAAGCAAAAUGGGCAAAAGGGGCGCUGCCCCUGAGCGGACCUUCCCCGCCUGUGCCCGGUCCCCAUGGUCCUGAACCUCGAUGACAGAGUACAUGGCAUUUAGCAAACUACCGAUAGUGACCUUGUCUCUGCUUUCCCCUCGGUGGUGUGUGUGAAACCAAAGUCACGGUCAGCCUCCCUUGCAUCUGUUAGCUGUCGGUAGAGCUGCUGGGCUACACGAGCACAGAGCUCACUGGACACAGCGAGGAGGAAAAGCGGAAAAGCCAAGAUCUAAGAAGCCUGUGAUUUUCUCCCAUUUGUCAACUGUGUAUUGUUAAUGUGCUAUUAAAAACACUGAUGAAGUCA